AUGGCUAAUCAAAGGAGUAAUGAAGCGGCCAUAAAGAAUCUAGAAAAUCAAGUGGGUCAACUUGCAAAGCAAUUGUCCGAGCAACAACCGGGAGCAUCCUUCUCCGCCAACACCCAAACCAAUCCAAAGGAACAUUGCAAAGCCAUUGUUACAAGAAGUGGGAGGAAGGUGAAUAACGGCGUGAAUGAAGAGGUUAUAGUGGAAGAUGAGGAGGAAGUAAUAGUUGAAGAGGAAGAAGUGGAAGUGAUAGUUGAAAAUGAGGGAGAAAAGAGUGAAGAGAAAGUGGAGGAAGAAUUAGUCGAAAAAGAGCGGAAAGAAAAAGAAGAAAGAGAGAAAAAUGACAAAAAAUUGAAGAGGAAUAAAAAGAGAAAUGAGAACGUGAGCACAAUUCCUCUCCAACAUCUACCUUACCCGCAUGUGCAAUCAAGGAAGGAAGACGCAAGGCGCUACGCUCGAUUUAUGGAUAUAUUUAAACAACUUCACAUAAAUAUUCCAUUUUCCGAAGCAUUGGAGAAAAUGCACAAGUAUGCAAAAUUCAUGAAGAAGAUGCUCAAAAAGAAAAAGAAGUACACGGAUGAAGAGACAGUUGUGCUUGAUACUCAUUGUAGUGCAAUUAUUCAAAAAGCUCCCCCAGGAAAGGAAGCCGAUCCGGGACAAGUCAUUUUACCGAUCACCAUUGGAGGUAACUACAUUAGUAAUGGUUUGGUUGAUUUGGGGUCUAGUAUCAAUUUAAUACCUUUAUCCGUUGUCAAGAGAUUGGGGAACAUUGAGAUGAAACACACCAGGAUAACUUUGCAACUAGCCGACAAGUCUAUCAUUUCACCAUAUGGAGUUGUACAAGACAUGCUAGUAAAGAUGGACAAAUUUUUAUUCCCAGUUGAUUUUGUGCCUCAUAAGGAUGAACAUGACAACUUUCGAAUUGAUGAUGAAAAAGGAGAAAUCAUUAAGGUGGCAAAUCAACUUCACAAGGACAAGGAGAAGGCAAAUCAUGAGGGAAAGACUCAUCAAAAAAACUUUGAAGUUGGACAAAUGGUGCUUGUGUGCAAUUCAAGACUCAAGGUGUUUCCUAGUAAGUUAAAGUCAAAGUGGUUGGGGCCAUUUGUUGUGAAAGAGGUGCGAAAUUAUGGAUCCAUUGUGGUGGAGGACCCUAAAACACAAGAAAGCUGGUCUGUAAAGGAACAAAGACUCAAAGUCUACCACGAUGAAUAA